GUGGACUGGCUCGUAAACCGUGCAGCGGGUUUAAACAUUUUACCACGCCGCGAAGCUAGCGAGGUAGCAGCAAGCUAAUCACAUCUGUCAGGCGAUGCAGUGACAAAGGCAGGCAGCAGAAACUGAAUUCCGCUUCUGGAACAUAUAGAAGCUCGUGUCAUGAAGGUCCAGGGCUUAACAAUCCAGGAGAAUAACAUGGGACUGCUGUCUGACCCAAACAGGAGGCGUGCUUUGAUCAGCAUGCUCACGCGCCUCAAUGCCCCAAUCUGCGUGGUGUGCUACAUGGCCGGCGUGGCGUGGUUCAUGGGCUUGGCGUUUGAGCCGUUCACCUUGCGGACCUACAUGUCAGAGAACGCCAUGGGCUCCACCAUGGUGGAGGAGCGCUUUCCGGCGGGGGAGAGGGCUCUGGCCACGGGCAGGGAGUUUGCAGCUCAUAAAAAGAAAGUGGGCGGGAUGCCCGUGGACUGGCUGGUGAAGACGAUGCAGUCUCAGGGGCUGGAGGUGUUCACCCAGAGGUUUUCUCGCACGCUGCCCUUCCCCGACGAAAACAAAGAGAGAUAUGUGGUGGAGGGCACUAAUGUAUACGGGAUCCUUCGGGCCCCUAGAGCCCCAAGAACUGAGGCCCUUGUGCUCAGUGCCCCCUGCAGCCCCGGCAACAACAACAACCAGGCUGUGGGGCUGCUGCUUGGUUUGUCUCAGUACUUCAGGAAUCAGAUUUACUGGGCCAAGGAUAUCAUCUUCCUGGUGAAUGAGCAUGAUCUGAUUGGUAUGCAGGCCUGGCUGGAGGGCUACCAUCACACCAACACCACAGGUAUGGACUGGUCUCCGCUGCAGGGGCGCGGUGGCUCCAUCCAGGCAGCCUUGUCUCUGGAGCUCAGUAGUGACGUCAUCACCAGUUUGGACCUGGUUCUCGAAGGGCUCAACGGCCAGCUGCCCAACCUGGAUCUGGCCAACCUCUUCUACGCCUUCUGCCAGAAGAUAGGGGUCCUUUGCACCAUCCAGGGCAAGCUGCAGCGGGACGACUGGGACACUGCCUCAGGCUACAGCCAUGCGGUCCAGACCAUGAUGCUGAUGGUUCUGAAACAGGCCAGUGGGCGGCCGUGGGGCGACCACGGUCUCUUCCUACGCUAUCACAUCGAGGCUGCCUCCAUCAAAGGCAUCAACAGCUUCCGUCAGUACAAGACGGACGCAACCACUAUUGGCAGACUGCUGGAGGGAAUGUUUCGCAAGCUGAAUAACCUCCUGGAGCGUCUACACCAGUCCUAUUUCUUCUACCUGAUGCCAUCGCUCUCUCGAUUUGUCUCCAUCGGUUACUACAUGCCAGCCUUUGGCCUGCUUGCUGUUAUACUGCUGCUUCGUGCCUUAGACCUGUGGGUUCAGCUCUCAGCUCUACCAUCAAGAACAGAAGAUGGUAUCGCCGACAUUGAACAGUCUGGCCCAGGGGUGCUAUCAGUGUUGACUCCGCUGGUGAUCAGCCAUCUGACGGGAGUAGCUCUGUACACGCUGCCCAUCCGCUCUCAGGAGAUGGCUGUGGAACAUUUUCCAGUGUUUGAGACCGAGGCUGUGGUCCUGACAGCUAUUGCCAUCUACACGGCAGGCCUGGCUCUGCCUCACAACACACACAGGCUCGUGUCCGGUGAGGGCACAGAGCAGGGCUGGAGGGUGCUGAAGCUGGUGGCUGUGCUCUACCUGGCUGUGCUGCUGGGCUGCACCGCCCUCAUCAACUUCUCCCUGGGCUUUAUCUUGGCUCUCACCCUGGUGCCUUUGGCUGCCUUCAUCACACCCCACGUACCAAAGCUUCUGUCAGCCCUCUUCAUGGUCCUGCUCAGCCCAGGCUGCACGCUGUUCUUUUCCAUAUUUUUCUUCCAGGAGCUGCAAGAGACGCCCGUCAACCUGCAGGAGGGCUGGGUGCUCUUCCUGUCCGUCAUCUCGCAGGGCAUCCUGGACCACUCCCUGUACGGCUCUCUGGUCUACCCCCUCGUGGCCCUGCUAGUCUACCCAUGCUGGCUGCUUUUCUGGAACAUACUCUUCUGGAAGUAAAUGCCACCUGCGGGAGGCCUUUUGUGGGAGUAAAACAGCAAAGCCCUGUUAUGUAGUUACGUGCCCUCUGACACGUUCUCAGGUCUGUCAUCACUAGGAGGAAUGUGACGGAUGGCUGAAUUAUCCACUGGAGAAACUGGGACACAAAAACAAUGGCUGCAGUUAACUUGGAAAGAACACACUGACACUUUUUUGAAUUUUAUUUGUACAUUGUGUUAUCCUAUUUUACCCGAACUGUUCCACUGUUAAAAUGCUCUGGGGAAAAAAAACAUUUAAACAACUUACUUUUUUCUUUUUUUUUUUUUUUGGAAAAAGAGUUCACCCGUUUUAUUUCAGGACAUCAUACAAAGUUGCAUUAGCCUGUGAAGUUGUAAAUGAAAAGCAAACUGUGGAGUGUGUCAUUCCUUUACUGAUUACAAGAAUGUUCACUGAAAAAAAAUUAAUAAUUAAAUAUUUGCUACAAGCUUGGUCCCACUUGGGUAGGAUGAAAUGACUAUUUCACAGCUCACUUACGAAUGAAUGCAUUUUUAAAUCAUUUUGUGGCAUAACCUACAAAAAGAAAGAAGGUGUGGAUUUUUUGCUAAAUAACUGUAAAUGUCAGGUUUUGCAGGUUGCCAGAUAGGUUUUUCAGAUUUUACUUUGAAUUGUCAGGCAUGUUUUGUGGUACCUGAAGGAGAUUGCUGCCUUGUUGUCAUAGCUGUGGAAACAGUUUGGCGUUUACAUGGAGGUCUGUGAGUGAAAAUCUGUAGCAACCUAAUUUGGGGCAAGAAAACGGGUGGUUUGCUGUGUGCCUCUGUGAAGAUAUCUUUGCAUCUGCUGAAAAAAAAUCCACACUACUUCUAAUGUUUUUUCUACUUGUUUUGACGACUUUCUUUAAGCCAUGUUGACUCCUUAUUUAUAAAUGCCAAAAUAAAAGCUUGAAAUGAUCAUUUGAA